CUAAGACCAACAGUCUUCGAGCCAAUAGAUUUUCUGUGUUUCGCUCAAACUGUUUGAGAGAGUGAGAGUGAGAGUGAGAGAGAUGGCUAAUAUUAGGUUUUCAAGAUGCCAAUUUUUCUGUACAGUUCAAUUUCUUUUGCUGUUGCAAAGCAAUGUCUUUUGCUAUCAAUUCAAGGUAGGUGAUUUACAUGCUUGGGGGAUACCCAGUUCUGCUAAUCCCCAGAUCUACAUGUACUGGUCUGAAUACCACCAGCUUAAGAUUGGAGAUUCUCUGUUGUUCCUCUACCCACCAAGUCAAGAUUCAAUAAUCCAAGUCACGGAGCAAGCUUUCAAUGACUGCAACCUCAAGGAUCCCAUCUUAUACAUGAACGAUGGCAAUUCGUUGUUUAACAUAACUUCACCGGGCGGAUUCUACUUCACCAGUGGAGUGCCGGGUCACUGCGAGAAAUCGCAGAAGCUCCAAAUUUCAGUACUUUUCGCAAAUGGGUCUGCCCUUCCUCCUUCUUACGCACCAACCGGAUUGCCAGACACUUCACCUUCUUACCCAACUGUGUUUGGGUCUAUCCCGACGGCAUCUCCUUCUUUACCUCUACAAAGCCUUUCAGCAACCAUAUUGGCUGCCGUGCUCGGGUCGACGAUCUUUAUGAUUGUCAGUAGCAGUAUCUAAAUUUAGUACCCGGAUCU